AUGAUUCCCCAACCAGGCCUGCCGGAUCAUUUGGUUUCGACGGAGAGCGAAAAUACAGAUGGCGACGACCUCGUGGAUACUCUUAUGACAGCCGGGAAUGGGGUCUCUACAGCUACAGAUAUGCUCCAUCCUACCAUUUUGGAUUUUGAACCUUACCAAUCUGCAUUUCCACUGGAAGACAUGCGACAGCCGGACGAUGCUAUAACGUCAAGAAGCCAAUUCAGCUUUACCAGUCAGCAAUGCAGUCCCGCUAUGUUCCCGUCGCGAAUACCGUCAACAUCGCCAACGUCGAGCAUACCGAGUUUCCUCGGCGGUCUUGGUGACUUGCAGCGCGUAGAGGGCAGCACAGAAAGCUGGCAGUGGGUCAUCAACGAGCUGAAGCGCUGUCCACGCGACUUGGCCAUGCGCGGCGAAACACUAUUUCUACACAAGGAGCUAUAUCGUAGCAUGAUGCCGGCGGCGAUCCGAACAGCCUUGGGCCUGUCGGCGACGUAUUGCUUGCUCAACGAAAGUAAUCAACAUGUCAUGUUCCAAGCCAUCGAUGCCGAGGUGUUUGAUUUACUCCAGACGCCUUCAUUGUCGGGAGUAGAUAUAGCCAGAGCGAAGAACAGUGGAGAUGAUGGCGGCAUGACUCUGAUCGAGGAGUUGGCGCGGCUGCAGGCGCUCACAUUGUACCAGAUGAUACGCAUGUAUGAGGGAGGACUCGAACAGCGCGCUCUCGUUGACCUUCAAAGAGGCAUAAUGACCACUCGGGCGUUACAGCUACUUAGGCGAUUGCGAGCGGAGCGUGACAAUGACCACGGCUGGCAUGCCUGGAUUAUCGCUGAGAGCAUUCGUCGCACUGUCUUGACGGUCUACAUGUUCUAUGCCGUGUACUCUAUAGCGAUACAUGGCUUCUGUAUCGAUUUCCCUACGAUUGCAAAACUACCUGUGUCGACGUCACCGGAGUUGUGGCACUCCGGGGAUCUUCAUCCGUCGCAGCGUUGGAGCAAUGAGACGGAGCGGACGUUGGCAUAUGAGGAUUAUACGGAAGCGUGGAUGGUAUCGCCACAUGUCACGCUGCUUCCGUUUGAGAAAUUCCUUGUUGUCCCUUGCAAAGGACUCGAAGGCGUCGCUGCGUAUAGUGGUGCUGUAUUGUAG